AAAAAAAGAAAAGAAAAAGGAAGAAAACAAGGGAAAAAAAAAGAAAUAUAAGAGGGAGAGAAUCUGAGACAAGCCACUGUACAACAUUACGAAAGCGAAGAAACCAACAACCAGGCUAUAUCAUUGCUACGUUGUGUGGUGUAUAUAUCACGUAGAAAGAUAUUUCCUCUGUCUCUCUCUCUCUCUCUCUCUCUCUCUCUCUCAUUCCUUUCUAUCCGUUGUUAGAAGUUAAAAUUUAUCGAUAUCUCUGUCGUUCGGAGUUGUGAAGAAACGGACGAAUGGAUGGGGAUGGAUGAAUGGAUGUGAUCCGAUCGAGAUCGAGAUCGAGAUCGAGAUCGAAUCGAAACGAAUCGUCGACGAAGAAGCGACCAGGAACAAUAUAUACGAUGGAUUAAUUUUCUAAUUCUACUUAUGAGUUAGAAAAAUAUCAACGGUGGAAUUAGCCAAGGAGAGAGUCUACAUAUAACAACGUACUACACACGUAGAGAUAGACACAGAGCACAUACACGAGGCAGUACUACUCCGCGAUAAAUCAAGGCCGGAGUGAUGCGAUCAACGCGGGAAUGAAUCGAAGGUCGAAACCGAUGAGACCACUUCGACGGACGAAGUUGUUACCAAGCCGGACAAUGACGCUCCUCUUAUCGAUGUUGCUAAUGGCGUUUACGCUACCAGUCGCACGUUUAGAAUCAGCGAUUGGUUCGGUGAGCAACGGCGGGGGUUCGUUAUCGGGUGGUGGUUCGUCGUCUUCGUCAUCGGCAGUAUCUUCUUCGGGAUCUUCCUCGUCCUCGUCGUCCUCGUCGAUCGGGGUAGUUUCCGGAGGGAGUUCGGUAUCCGGAGGUAUACCUGGCGGUGUUGGGAACAGCGUGAUCGGUGGAAGUGGGAGUGGUGGGAAUAGCGGUGGUGGUGUUGGCGGGGGUGGUGGGGGUGGUGGUGGCGGUGGCGGAGGCGGCGGUGGGGGUGGUGGUCAUUCCGGACUUGGAAGCAGUAGUAGCGGAAAUUCGGGGAACGGAAAUGGCCGAUGCGAGGAGAUCACCAUACCGAUGUGCCGUGGUAUCGGUUACAACUUAACGGCCAUGCCAAACGAGCUGAAUCACGACACCCAAGACGAAGCUGGCUUGGAGGUUCAUCAAUUUUGGCCUUUAGUCGAGAUCAAGUGUUCCCCGGAUUUAAAGUUCUUCCUUUGCUCGAUGUAUACGCCGAUAUGCUUGCCCGAGUAUACCAAACCUCUGCCAGCAUGCAAGAGCGUUUGCGAAAGGGCUCGCGCCGGUUGCGCGCCUCUGAUGCAACAGUACGGCUUUUCUUGGCCGGAAAGAAUGGCCUGCGAGAGGUUACCGAAUUAUGGCGACCCGGAGAAUCUCUGUAUGGAUCAAAAUAAUCGUACGAACAACGGUGCCGGAUCGGGGGGAAGCGGGAACGGUGGUGGCUCGGCGAGCAACGCACCCAUGCAACCAGUAGCUACACCGACUAGACCAACAAGACCGUCCAAGACAAUGCAGCCGGCUCGUUGCAAGCCAGGAAAAAAUCAAAAAAACUGCCAGCACCCCCCGGGGGAAAGGGCGAGGGAUUGCAUGUGCAGAUGCAGGGCACCUCUCGUUCCUCUGGGGGUGGGAACAACGGGCACGGUGAUACCCGGCCAGAUAAGCGGAAGCAACAGCGGGGGAGCUGGACUGGCCGGCAUGGCCGCAAGUGGAGUCAUUCCGGCGCCACCUCAGGCGGACAACGUUCGGAACAUCAUUCAGGAUAUUGCAGGGGUACCGGAUUGCGCCCUACCGUGUCACGGGGCGUUUCUCACCCCCGAAGAGCGAGGGUUCGCGGCCGUGUGGCUGUGCCUGUGGAGCGGCCUAUGCGCCGCAAGCACUCUCACGACCGUCACCACGUUUCUGAUCGACACCCAGCGCUUCAAGUAUCCUGAGAGACCGAUAGUCUUCCUCUCGGCGUGUUACUUCGUCGUGUCGCUCGGUUAUCUCUCGAAGAACGUGAUAGGACACGAGGAGAUAGCCUGCGACGGGCCAGCGCUGAGAUCGGGAGCACAGGGACCGGGGGCUUGCGUGACCGUCUUCCUAAUGAUCUAUUUCUUCGGCAUGGCGUCCUCGGUUUGGUGGGUCAUACUGGCGUUCACGUGGUUCCUCGCGGCCGGUCUGAAAUGGGGGAACGAGGCGAUAGCCUCUUACUCCCAAUACUUCCAUCUGGCGGCAUGGUUAGCGCCGACGGUACAAACGGUCUGGGCGUACAUGGCAGGUGGAGUAGCGGGGGAUCCGGUGGCCGGAGUAUGCACGGUGGCCCCGGAAGGCGUGAGCACGUUCAUUCUGGCGCCGCUCUUCGUUUACCUCUUACUGGGAACGAGCUUCCUUUUGGCCGGCUUCGUCAGUCUCUUCAGAAUUCGGUCGGUGAUAAAACGACAGCCCGGAGCGAAAGCGGACAAGUUGGAGAAACUGAUGAUACGGAUAGGCGUGUUCAGCGUUCUGUAUACUCUUCCAGCCGGCGCGGUUCUAACCUGUCACAUCUACGAGUCCGUACUACGCGACGAGUGGCUCAGCUCCCUGGCCUGUCCAUGUCGGUCUCGAGCAAGGCCCCUCUACUCCGUCCUCAUGCUAAAGUACUUCAUGGCCCUCGCGGUCGGCAUAACGUCGGGCGUAUGGAUCUGGAGCGGCAAAACUCUCGACAGUUGGCGGCGUCUAUGGAGGCGUCUCUUCGGAGGCGGGAGUGGCGCAGGCGUUCACGGAGGCGGUGGCGCCGGUAUGGUAGCCGGCGUGACAGGCGUGAGCGGAGGAAUAGGAAGCGCCAGCAUGAAGGGCGUCGUAGGUCGUGUCGCCAUGCCGUAUCCAGCGGCACCGGGACCUGGUAGCGCGCUGUUACCACCAGGUAGCGUAGCCAGCGCUUCUCAACAUCAUCUCCAUCAUCACGUACUCAAGCAACCGCCUCUUUCGCACGUAUGACGUCACCAGUCGGCGGGAGGCGACAUGAGCACCGCCGGCUGCGAGCAGCCGCAGCAGCAACAAGCCCAGCAGCAGCAGCAGCAACAACAACAGCAACAACAGCAAUCGCAAUCGCAACAAUCGGUGCAGCAACAGGAGAGGCCUUCCGCCCUUAGCAACUACGGGCCCAUUUAGCCCUUCGCCUCGGCCUCGCGCAGGCACACGCCGCACACGCCGCAUACGGCACCGCACACGGCACCUCACACUCCGCAUUCGGCGGCUACGAUCUAUUCGAGAAGGUCCCUUGCUUCAACCACUGGACCUCUUACGCCUGCACACGGUCUUGCACCAUCUUAUUCGCAGGCGACCGAGGUUUGAGGAUCGUCGAGAUAACACCGAGUAUUGUAUAGGGACUUUUCGGUCUCUGUCAGCUUUACUACUCGGUGAUUAUACACUUUACACUGAUACAUACGAAACGCAUACACAUCUACAUACACUCAUACAUUAAAACAAACACGCACACACGUACAUAGGAUUUACCCGAUAUACGUAUUAGCCCGUACGUGUCUUCCCCGUGGAUUUGCUUCAGAGUUCACGCGUUCUUUCGUCACCUCGUUUUAAUAUUCGAGCGACGCCAAAAAUGAUCAGCGCGAAAGGACACGCUCUUUUCUAAUCCUCGGGCCGUUAAAGAGAAAGAGAGGGAGGGAGAGAGAGAGAGAGAGAGAGAGAGAGAGAGAGAGAGAGAGAGAGAGAGAGAGACAAGAAGAGAGUUAAAGAGAAAGAGAGGGGGGAGAGAGAGACAGAUAUAAGUAGAGAAUUCGACAAAGAGAAAGUUCGCGAUUUGUUGGUACCCUGUUAAGGUCCGAAACGCAUUUUUGAGGGUUGUUAUGAAUGAGAACAUGUGUGUGUGUGUGUGUGUGUGUGUGUUACGUAUGUAUGUAUCAAUGUAAAAUGAAUGUAAUAACGAAUGUUGUUUUAUCAUUCUCUUUCUCGUUCUCUCUUUUUCUUUCUUAUCUGUCUUUAUCUCAUGUUCUCUUUCUCUUUCUCUCUUUCUCUUUCCUUUCUCUCUCUUUCUCUUUUCUCUCUUGGAUAUCUCCAAUUUCCGGCUCUUUUCUUACUUUCUUAUUAUGCUACGUAGCGGAGCUCGUAAGGCUCGCAUGUCCGUCUAACGUGUAUCGUCUCGUCUAUUUAUCUAACUCUUAGCCGUAACGAUUAGGUGUAUAACGCGACUUUUUAGAGAAUGCGUACUGCUUUGGUAUCAUAGCCUGUUCCUAUCUUUUUCUGAUUGAAACGAAAGGAAAAGAAAGGAAAAAGAAGGAAAACGAAAAGCAUAAAGAAAUGAAUAUUCAGAAGAAAAGAACAGGUGUUAUGAAAUUCCUGAAAGUACGUCAAACUUUUGAGAACAGGCUAUGGCUGCCAUCGAAACACCGUAGGUUGGUACGAAGAAAUAAAAAAACAACAAAAAUAAUAAUAAUAAUAAUAAUAAUAAUAAUAAUAUUAAUAAUAAUAAUAAUAUUGAUAGUUAUAAUAAUAAUUAAUAAUAAUAAUAAUAAUAAUAAUAAUAAUAAUAAUAAUAAUAAUAAUAAUAAACACGAGUGUAUAGGUCAGGUGUUAAAGUAACAUAACGAAGCUACUUGUAAAUAAAUAAUUCAUAGAUGUUAGGUCGAGCACUGUAAAUAUAAAAAAAGCGAUCAUCAAAAAAAAAAGAAAGAAAAGAAAAGAAAAGAAAAGAAAACGAAGACGAACGAGAAUUGGAAUGAUUGAGAUAUAAAAUGAGGUGGGUGGGAGAGAGGGAGAGAGAAGAAGAGGGCUUGGAGGAGCACAUCGACCGACGUUCCAGAAAAAAGAAAAAAAAAAGACGAAUAAGAGUCGGAUAAAUAAAAAGAUGUAUCAACGAUGGGAAACGAUCGAAGGUGAAAAGAGUAGAAAAAAAAAGAAAACAAGAAAAUAGAAAAAAAAAGAAUGUUUCGAAAAAAUUUCGACCUUUUUCUCUCUCAUCGAUUGGAUGAAUACGAAUUGUUGUUUUUCUUACUCGUUUAUAAUCUAUUAUCUAUUAUUAUUACUUUAUAAAUCUUUAUCGAUCUUUUCUGAUUUUAUAUCGAUCAUGUGAGAGAUAUCGACCAGAAAUGAAAACAGAAAUGAAACAAAAAGAAACAAAAAAACGAACGACAAAGAAAGAGUUGAACAAUACACGUCGUAAUUCGAUAGUUUGCGUGUAACGUUCGAUGAAAAAAAGAAAAAAGAAGAAACAAAAAAAGAAUCUCUCUGCUCCUUUUCUCUCCUAGAGAGGGAGAGAGA